UGCUACGGUGACACAUAAUAGCCACGAGUCGUUCAUCCCCAUGGUUACGGACAACAAUAGAGGGCAUUAUUCGGUGCAUGCCCGAAGCGUGGCAUAGAAGCUUUGCACGACAAGCCACGGAAGUGUGGAGCGGAAGAAGAAGAAAAAACAGAAAACGAUGAGGUCCAGCAUUUCCAAAAAUGCAGUUGCGAAGAUAGAGCACGAUAUCUGCGAGAUCCUCCGUGACCUGAACAAUUUUGCUUUCAGUGACCCGCCCACCAACUGCAUCAGAGCAGGAGUCCUGAGGUACCACCGUGAGUCUGACAACCCCCAACUUGCCAACGCAGCCGCACAUUUAGAGCCUCCUCCGUUUGAGUGCCCGAUAAAAUGUGAAUACUGCCAUAGGACCGCCAGGCCUGUACUGGAUGUGAGAUGGGAAGACGAGAUGCAGGCGGUGUCGGCCUUUUGCUGCGCCCAGCGCAGGAGGCUAUGCAUGGCCUUGGUGAGGAAGAGGCCCUCGGCAGAUGACUUGGCCUGGCGGCAAGAAAAGCCCAGCGACCCGGCGGACGCGCUGCUCGGAAACAAAGACAAAAAGAACGGCCGAAAUAUCAGUGAGCUCUCACGUGGACUCAUGGAACUGGCAGGGUUGAGGCGGGACAACGCCUCGCAACAGGCAGAACCCCCCGCAGAAGCCAAAAUCCUCAGCUUCAGGCUCGCCGGGACCCCAGAAGAGGGCGGCUGGAUGCUCACCGACGUUGCUGAGAAUGUUGUGCAAGUCAAAAAGGAGGAGAGCGAGUUCGCUUGUGACCACAAGCCACCUCUGUUUGGCAUAUGCCAUCAAAAGGGAAGAAAACGCACGCACGGACGGACGGAGGGAGGGAGGGAGGGACGGGAAGGAGAAUUUCAACAGAAAUGUUACACGGACGGCAGGACCUUUCUUAACUCGUUCCCGGACGGCUCUGCUCAGCUCUAUUAUCCGGGCCAUACCUUGGCUGUCGUCUUUGUCGUCAGCAAAAAGAAGGAAAGGGUUUGCAUCGUGUAUGACGACAAGCCCAAGCCGCCCAGAGCCAUCCGAGCCAUCUUCCAGUGUAACGGCACGGCCACGUGUUACCACAGCAACGGAAACAUAUGGUUGAACGUCAACAGUUCCGGCGGGCAGUGUUUGGACGAGACGGGCGCCAGGGUCCGCCGCUGGAGCUGGAAGACGCUGCCGCCGCCUCAUCUGCCUCCUCUCUUCUUGUCCCUAAACAAGCACAUUGGGGUGAGAGUCCUGGGGAAGGAUCACAUUUAUGUCUCCUUCCUGGCCAAUGGGCAACAGGCCCGGUGUAGCGUGGGCAGCUGCGGCACUCAGUGUAAAUGCACGAGAGAGAUGGCGACGAGCGGACCUUUGCUGCUGAAGGACGAGCUGUUUGUGCUGGCCGCUCGGGUGAAGAUCCACCUGUGCAUCCAGCAUCUCAACUGGAGCCUUCUGAGACCACUGCACCAGAAGAUCACGCCGACCCAGAGCAUCCGCGUCUUCGGCAAAAAGCUGCUGGAGGUCAGCGCCGACGUCCUGAUGAGCCAGCACGAGCGUGCCUUCAUCAGGGGCUGCCUCCAAGACUGCCUCUAACGGAAGAAGCUGCGUCAUAGUUACCAUUAGUUUUUAUUCACUUUUUGCAAGUUAUAAAAAUGACUCCCAAAUCAUCUCCCCAGCAUUUGUUUGACAACAAGUUGCUUUUCUACAGGGCUGAAGCUAGUACUUGGACAACAAUAGGUCACUCGACAGGGUGCACUUGGAUUUUGAGGACUACACCAGGUACACAAGUAUGGUUCAAAAGAGAAUGCAGGAAGUUCACAUGGAGUCUAGCGUUAAACGUUAGUUCUACCUCUGUAUGUGGAGUACAUCAACUCCCUUGAGGAGCAGACGGCUCGUUGGGAAACCUCAAGCAGGAACAGCUAACGCGUGGAUGAGUUACUUGUGUUGACGAGUCAUUUUAGAAUCCAACCAAGUUGAACAUUUCAACACCUAACGCGGGCUUUGCUCUAUGAAAGAAAUGUGGCACGGUGACUUUCCCAGCACCCGUUCAUUUGGGCUCAGUGUUUUAUUCAGAUCUACUUGAUGGGAAUCUGGUCGAUUUGAUAAGAUGUUGAGUGAA